CUCUUUCCGCCCCGCCCUCUUCCUUUCCGCACGGGCGAUUCUUACGUAGCCUGCCUGCCCACCUACCCAGCCUACCACGGCCUACCAAUAGCCAUGAGUACCACUGCGGGCGUCUGGGCAGCCUCUGCCCCGCCCUCGUACCAUGCUACACAGUCGGCCACACUCGCAGUCGGCAGUCCGCCAGCCUCAUCCUCGUUUCCCUCUUCGAGCAUCUCGCCCGGGUCAGCAGCAUCCCAUGCUGCCCUGGCUCAACUCCGUGAUCGCGUCCUGCCCAUCUAUGCCGAGCACACUUCACUACACGACAGCAUCACUCCUCUACUCGCCCUCCCUUCUCUCCUCACCAAGACAGAAGAGGAGCUAUACGUCUCCAAGGGCUUACUCACAAGCAAGCGCACAGCCUGGAAACGUCUCGAUGGGCGCGUCCAUGCGGCGCACCAAGAGUAUCGCUCCCGCAAACCUGCCUUGGGUCGCUCGUUGAUGCUUCCCGGACGUAAGCUAAAGUGGGAAAAGGAGCACAUUCGCAAUGAGGAAGACUCCAUUGCUAGUAUCAAGGUAGGGCUGGAGCGACUCGCCCUCCUCGAUACCGACCUGGACGCACUCGAUGCGAGCCUCUUUGCCGGACCUACACCCACGCACCCCUCGGACGAUCUCCUCGAGUCCGUCGUGCUGAUCCUCACCUCCACGCAGCGUAUCCUCAAGGCCGAGGCGGACCGUGAGUCUCGUGCCCGUGGUCAGCUGGGCAAGUCGCGCCCCUGCAUAGAGAAGGUGCUUGGAGCUCUCAAGGAGUGUCUGACCAUCAGCAACGAAGUGGGAGUGACCAAGGACCAAAAGUAUACUCGACAGAUCUUCUCCAAUGGUGGUGGACAGGUGCUGGCACGACGAAUCACCCCGAUCCUCCAAGGGGCAAAGACGGCCAGUGGGAAAGGCCACACCUUUUUCGCAGAGGCACGCGGUACGCAACUAUUGAUCCGACCUAUGCCCACGCUGAAGCUCGUGGAUCUGAACCUCCUCUCAGGCCGCGUGUCGGGAGCUUAUGGGAAACAGCAGCUGAGCGAACGCGCCAUUCACGCCUCCAUCGAGACGUCCUAUGCUCAGAGUCUCGCCUUGCUCAGCCAUCUAAAGCGCGAGUUGGAUCGAUCUCGCAGGAGGUCCAAGUUCUUCAAGGGACGACUGGGCGAGUUGGCAGAGGAGGAAAAGAGGGUCAAGGAUUUGCUCAGACGCAGGAGGAGAGAUAUCAUCUGUGUCCUGUCCCAAAGCGGAGUCGAGGCGGCUGUAUUGGACGAGGAGAGGGCACAAGCGCAGACGAGCGUGUAUCGUGCCUUUGGAGAGAUCGAAGGGCAGGACACAGGAGCUGCCAACGACCACGACAAUGGCAGUCCCACCAGCAAUGCUGGUGCUAGAGGAGGUGCAAAUGGGGAGGAAGAGGACCGUGACGACUACUUUGACGACGACGAAGGCACUCUAGCCGGCGAUCUGGAAGACGAUCAUGCCGGUGCCGGCACAGGACAAGUAGAAGAGGAGGUAGAAGAUGAGCUACAGGGCGUUGAAGCCGAAGUGGUCACCUACCUCUCCUCUUCCCUCGGAACUGCCUUUUCCCAUCGCGACCGCGAGCGCGACCGCAACGGCAACGCAGCCCUUGGAGCUACUGUCAGUCGUGGUCAGGCUCCUGCUGCCGCUGCGCCUACCUCCACCCCAGCUGCCGCAAUAGCCGCAACGGCCUUUGCAGUCGAGGAUGAAUUGACCAUUCUCCCAAAUUCUCAACUGACGGCAGUGGGUCUUGGUCAGGCAGGUGGAAGUGGGAGUGGGAGUGGAGGUGGGAGUAGCGCACCUCCUCCUCCUCCUCUUUCUCCUCAUCUAGGCUCCUCUCCCACCUCUCCAAAAUCAAACCCAAGCACCUCUUGCCCAACCACUGGCAAUUCCACCCACCCGCUACAACUCCCCGCCACACACCCGCUCAGUCCCCACCUAAUCACCCUCAAGAGCACUCGAGCCCUACGUCGUAUCCUUAGGGAGUGCGUGAGGGAGUGUAAUGCAAAUGAUCCCCAUACUGCCGCUUCUGGAGAAGGACGAGGAGUGGAAGUGCGAGGAGGAGGAGGCGUCUUCUGUAUCAUAAUCAUCUUUUCUCUUUUCUCUCUUUUGUUCUUUCCUCCCUCUCUCUAUCUCGCUCGUACUGCACUGCACUGCAUUGGAUCGCAUUGGAUCGCAUUGGAUCAUUUCGGAUCGGAUCACUUUGGAAAAUGCAGCUGUCACUCCCUUGUUCCUUGGUCAAAGUAAAUCCCUCUUGAUAUUAUAUUGGACAUGGGCAUGGACAUCGAUCGGACCACCAAGUCUGAUCUGGACUGAUCUGAUCUGAUCGAUGAAGAAUGAGGUGGCUAGGAAGAGAAAAAAAAGUUU